GUGUGGAUAUGUAGUAAAGCUCUUCAUCAGUCCCGCUCUAUUUCACUCAGAUCGGAGCUGUAAUUUCAAAAAGAAAAGAUGCCAGAAGUAGAAUCAAGCUGUAAUUUUCGAAAUGCAAAUCCUACAGUUGAUCCCAUUGAUCAUCUUCCACUCUCUCUUCUCCGAUCUGAAUUCAUCCCGGCCGCACCCACCCGAUCUGUAUCAGCAAUCGACUGGUUACCGGAGUUUGCCGGUUACUCAUGGGUGGCGUACGGAGCAUCUUCUCUCCUGGUGAUCUCUCAUUUUCCGUCUCCACUCUCCCAAGAAGAAACCCUAAUUGGUCCGAUUUUUCGACAAAUUUUCGAGCUCUCCGAUGAUUCAACGCCCGUCACCGCCGUGUCUUGGUCCCUGGCAAUUCCUUCAAUUGGCGGCCUCGCUGCUGCCUCGGGGAAUUGUAUCUAUGUCUUUACUCAUGAUUCGGGGAGCUCUAAAGGUUCUUUUUGUUGGAGCCAGAAUGCAGUACUCAUACAACUUGCAAAGGUGGAGGCAAUUCAAUGGACAGGGUCAGGGGAUGGGAUCAUUUCCGCUGGAAUUGAGGUCAUUUUGUGGAAAAAGCAAAACACAUCCUGGGAAAUUGCUUGGAAGUUUAAAGAGAAUCAGCCUCAAAAUCUUGUUUCUGCAACUUGGUCCAUUGAGGGACCUUCUGCAACCGCAGCUUAUAUGUAUAAACCAGACCUUGUUGGAUCUAAUGAGGUAGGCAAGUGUGUUUUGAUUUGUUACAGUGAUGGAAAAUCUGAAUAUACAAAAGUCAGGUUACAUCAUCCUCAGCCUAUUGUAAUGAUUCAAUGGAGGCCAUCACAAAUAAGGCAGGGAGAUGCAAAACAUUCAUCUAGGCAUGUGCUGCUGACAAGCUGCUUAGAUGGAACUCUAAGAUUAUGGAGUGAGAUGGAUAGUGGGAGGGUUAAAAAAGUUGGCAGGGAUGUUAAUGAUAAUAAAACCAUGAGGCGAUCUUUUUGUGUUGUUGCUGUGAUUGAAGUAAAUCAGGCCUUGGAUGGAGACCUUGGAAUGGAUGUAUUUUUUACAUGGGCAACAGAAAACCGAAGUAUGUUUAAAUCCAGUGAAGGAGACAACCAAUUUAUUACUGCUGGAGAAUUUGAGCAUGGAGGGGCUGGCAAAUGUGAGUGGUUAAUUGGGUUUGGUCCUGGAAUGCUGGUCACUUUCUGGGCUAUCCAUUGUCUUGAUGACAUCAAUCCCUUAAGGUGCCCACGAGUUACAUUAUGGAAGAAACAAAGCCUGGAAUCUGGAACUCUUAGUAGAGCUGAUUUUUCAAGUUUUAAGGAGCAACUAAUUCUUAAUAAAGUUGUCAUUUCAAGAAACUCCCUUUCUGGUCCUCCAACUCUUUGUUCUUUGAUUCGUCUAUCACCUUGUAACUCCUUAGUCUGGUCCUUUUUGCACACCCAAACAUCAAAAAGUAUAGAGGAUAUAUCUCCAAAUGAAUCUCAAACGGGAAAGUUCUUGCCAUUUUCAGCAUGUGGGGUUUUAGAUAUGGAUGGCCACACGGGGAAAAUCUUACAAGUUGCUGUGCAUCCUUGUGCCUCUGAAGUUGAACUUGCUGUUUCUCUUGACUCUAAUGGGUUGCUGUUAUUCUGGUCUCUUUCGACCAUUUCAAAUAGCAUCUCUGCCUUCCCAACGUUGAUUCCUACAUGGAAACUAUGUGGAAAACUUGAAACUCAAGGUUUGUGUUCGAAAUAUACAUCCUUGAGCUGGGCUCCUUCAAUGCUGCUUGAAGACAGGGUUCUUCUUAUGGGUCAUGUUGCAGGAAUAGAUUGCUUUAUGGUAAAGGUUUCUAUAACUGAAGAGGAUGAAAUAUCAUGUAAUUACAUAUGCACUAUACCUCUUAGUGGUCAUAGGGUUUAUGAGGAAGGUCCUUCAAAUAUAUAUACUAUACCUUUGCCUUCUUGUAACAUUAAAAUGGUAAAGUAUAAUAAAUUUAUGCUUUUGGGGGUUUGGAUGAAUGGGUUUGAGGCCUUAUCAUGGGAAAUCACCUUUCACCCUGUUGAUUUACUGGGAAGUUGCUGUGAAUGUAAUGUUGAAGAUAAUUUUGUUAAAGGCAUUGCCUGGAAGUUUGAAAUUUCUACUACUGAUAAAAGAUAUUGCAUUGUUGUCUGUCUGCGCUCAUCCCAAUUUCCUGAGGCUCACACAAAUAAUCAAAUUACUAGUUUUGCUGUGGUCUGUCCAAGUAGUCUGACACCUGUGGAUAAAAAAUUAGCUGAUGAUGAUAUUUGCAGCAAAAUUCCUGCAUAUACUAUGGCAACAGGCUCCUCUGAGGGUAUUUUGAAACUGUGGCGAAGUAACCUUGGCAGCCUAUCAACCCCUGACAUGCAAUGGGAGCUUGUAGGUAUGUUUGUUGCACAUCAAGGUCCUGUUUCUACUCUGUGCGUAACUAAUUGUGGCCGGAAGAUUGCAACUGUUUCUUCUAAAAGUGAUUCAAAUGCUGUGAGCACACUUUCUGUAUGGGAGUCUGUAUACCUUACAGGUUUUGGCAGUUUCAUAUUGGAAGAUACAUUAUCCUUUGACAGAAGUGUUGUUGCUGUAAAUUGGCUAACUUUUGAAAAUGGUCAAUUCUUACUUGGUGUGUGCAUGGAGAAUGAGCUGUGGAUAUAUGCACAGAGGCGCUGUGGCGGUCAGACUUUGCUGAACUCUAAAAAGUCUUUGAAAAUGCAAAUUUGGUUGUGCAUUGCAUUUGCUCAUACUUCUUCUGCUAUUCAUGGCCUGUUUUCUGGUCACAGGGCCACAGCUAUUGUUGUGCACAAUAGCUACUUUAGUCUAUUUAGUAGGUGGCUGUUUCUCACUGACAAAGAAAAUCAGGGCAAAUGCCAUUCAAAUUUUGUCAAGGACAACUCUUCUUGUCUUGACUAUGGAACAGGGACAAACGAUCUUUGUGCUGUGUCCACUGGUUGUGACAUUGGUGCUUCCAAAGUUUCAUCAGUUGAAGAUCUUAGAAGGGAAUGCAAGUCUCCUCUUUCUGUGAUGACCGAUAUGAAAAGUGAUCUACCAAGAUAUUUGUUUGUAGAAAGUGAUCAACUUCAAUUUGGUUCAGGAAUCAUGCUUGGUUCCUGGAGCUUGCUGGAAAUUGCUGAGAAGUUAAGGGGAUCUUUGCCUGCUUAUCAUCCUGAGGCACUCCUCACAAAUUUAUAUUCAGGGAAUUGGAAACGUGCAUAUAUAUCUGUCAGGCAUCUCAUUGAAUACCUUACUGCACUUGAUGUCUCAGAGAAGAGAUGUCCCUCCACAAAGUCUGGCCAUAUUGUCCCACAGAUCCUUUUGUCAAAUUAUUAUGAAGGGUUUCUUUCCAAAGGUUCUGCCAAUAAUGAAUUUAAAUGGAGUGGGGUUGAUACAUCGAUGACAUCUUCUUCACAGUUUAAUGGAGGCAUUACUGAGUUUGCUUACAAUUUUGAGUCAGCUGAUGCUUCCACUUACAUGAUUAAUUCAUCUUCUCCGAAAUCUGAACUUUGUGGCUUAGCUGAGUCUUUUGAGAAUUUAAAUGGCCUACCAGCUAUAUCCACCAUAGAUAAAAUGGAAAUUCUUGCAGUUGUUGAUCUACUCAAGGAAGUUAGUAAUAUGCAGUCCGCUUCAGCCUACGAAAAUCUUGAUGAACCUGGCCGAAGGUUUUGGGUGGCAUUAAGGUUUCAGCAACUACACUUUUCUCGAAGGUUUGGUAGAUUGGCAUCUGUGGAAGAGUUGAUGGUUGAGUCUAGGCUUAUAGGAUGGGCUUUCCACUCUGAUUGUCAGGAAACUUUGUUUGGUUCUGUUCUAACUAAUGAACCAUCUUGGCCAGAAAUGCGGGCACUGGGUGUUGGAUUUUGGUUCGCUAACAUGACACAAUUGCGUAUAAGGAUGGAGAAACUGGCAAGAUCACAGUACCUGAAGAGCAAAAAUCCUAAAGACUGUGCACUUUUAUAUAUAGCUUUAAAUAGACUUCAAGUUUUGGCUGGCCUAUUUAAACUUAGCAAGGAUGAGAAGGACAAACCCAUGGUAGCAUUUCUUUCACGCAAUUUUCAGGAGGAGAAAAAUAAGGCAGCUGCUUUGAAAAAUGCUUAUGUCUUACUGGGUAGACAUCAACUAGAGCUGGCUAUCGCUUUCUUUCUGCUUGGAGGUGAUGCAGCCUCUGCGAUUAAUGUGUGCGCAAAAAACCUUGGGGAUGAACAGCUUGCGCUAGUAAUUUGCCGGCUCCUAGAGACACGUGGUGGACCAUUAGAGCAUCAUCUUAUUACAAAGUUUAUACUUCCAUCUGCCAUGGAGAGGAAAGACUACUGGCUUGCAAGCCUUCUGGAGUGGGAAUUGGGGAAUUACUCUGAGUCAUUUCUGACCUUAAUCGGUUUCCAAGAAACUACUGUUACUAACAAGUUUGCUCUUUUGUCAAAUAAUGCUGCUUUUGUGGAUCCCAGUAUUGGUUUGUAUUGCCUUACCCUAGCAAACAAAAAUUGUAUGAAGAAUUCUAUCGGGGAAAAAAAUGCUGCUAUCCUUGGUAGAUGGGCAACUUUGAUGAGAGCUACUGCUUUAAACAGAUGUGGGCUUCCUCUUGAAGCUUUGGAAUGCCUUUCAUUUUCUCCCAGCACUAUUGUGGCUACAGAUCAAGGGAGUAUACAAGAUGUUGAACAUUCUCAAAUUGUACCUGCAAUUCUAAAGCUUUCUGCCUGCAAUUCCUCUAACUGGCUGUCAGGCGAUGUGGCUUUGCAUCUGGAGUCCCAUUGUAAAUUGGCUUUAGCCCUUCAAUAUUUCUCAAAAUUGAUGUGGGAGCAUCCUAGUUGGCCUAAUCUAGGAUAUGGUAGAGCCAGUACAUGCUCAAUGGAUCUUGAAACUCAUCAACGUCAGAAAAUACUAGAAAAUUUUCAAUGCAAGUUGUACACUGGACUUGCAUACCUCAAACAGAGGUUUGCAUUGCAAUCUUCUUGUCUAAUCAGCUUGAUUUUAGUCUUGUUGUGCAGCAACGGGUUGUCAUUUAUUGGAUAUGACAUAUUAUGUGGAUAUACUUGUCAAGGACUUUCACGAGAUGAGAGCAAUGUAAAAGAAAGCUUCCUCUUAUAUUUUCUUCAGCAUAAGCCACUUUUGAAGGCUACUGAAGACUUCUCCAUUUUUAUUUCACGGCUUAUUGCUGCCUCAAGCAUUUCUUGCUUCAAUUCUAGACCACUUCAUAUUGAAAAUGGUCUGUGUAGAGAAGUUGGAUCAGUUUUUUUAAAUGCUUGGGGGCAUUACUUUCAAUGUGUUAUAUUGUCACUGUGGAGUUUAAGAGCUGCUAUGAGGAAUCUUUCCAGCUACUUAACUGAAUCUGAACAACUCAUGAUGGAACCCCUUGUUCUUCUAGAUUUAUCUGAGUAUUAUCUGCAUUUUGCCUCUGCUUGGCUUCAGAGGAAUUCAAAAAAUAUUCUUCUUCUGGUGCAACCUAUCUUGAUUACCUAUACCAAUGGGCAUACUCCCUACGAAGUUGAUAUGGUGAAUCUGAAGAAAAAUUUCCACCAAACUUUGGAAUUGGUAGCCUGUACAUCAAUUGAUGAUGUGGAAGGGAUGCUUCAGGUUCCUAAAUGUUUUGAUGAUAAAAAAUGUGAUCUUUUGCAUUCAAUUCCAGAAGAUGAAAGAUGGCAAAUCAUGGGGGCUUGCCUGUGGCAACACAUGUCUAGAUUCACCAAACAUAAGCUUAAUUCUAUGUCCAUGAAACUUGAUGACAAUCAUUCUACUGGUUUUCCCUUUGGAAAAUUUUCUCCCAGUAGUGCAAAAAAUUCUGAAUCUUCUAGCAUCAGUGUAAUGGAACACAUCAGGCUUCUCUCCUUGAUAUUGAGCAAGUCAUUGAAGUCCACAGUGUUGCACGUUUCUUCUUAUCAUGUAAAACAGCUUGCAAUAUUCCUGCAGCAGAAAGCGGAGAGUGGAUUUGAUGUUCUAACUUGUCAAUGGUUAGAAAAGUCUAAACUGUCUCAACCCAGAGUCCUUUAUUCACAUUUGCAUGAGGGAGCUGCAAGUAUACACAUGAUGAAUAACAAGGAUGAAGUAGCCACAUCUAAAUUACUUUGGGAUGCUUGUGCUGAUGCAAAUAUUGUAUUUGAAGGUUUUGUGCAAGAAAAAAUAGAUUGGAAACAUCUUAUCCAUUGUAAACCAUCUAAAGGAUGGACUCACAUAAAUGAAGGUGUCAUGAUGGAUCACAAAAAUGAGGCACCUCACAAUCAUGUUGGCAUUUCUAGUAGUACUCCUAGUGGUGAAAUUGGAUCGCCUGGUAGGGGCCUUUUUCGAAAUGGUCAUACUUUACUGAGCUCCUGGCAUAAAGAUACAAGCAUUGCAAAUGAGGUUACGCCUUUUUACUCUCCUCAAGAAAUAUGCAGGAGAAAUGGGGAGCUUUUUGAGACAAUGUGCAUCAACUCCAUUGAUCAAAGGCAGGUAGCAGUUGCUAGCAAUCGAAAGGGAAUAGUUUUCUUUAAUUGGGAAAAUGGGCUGCCUUUCAGAUGUCAAGCUGAUUAUAUUUGGUCAGAUGCUGAUUGGCCACAUAAUGGUUGGGCUGGUUCAGAAUCAACCCCCAUGCCAACAUUUGUUUCUCCUGGCAUUGGGCUUGGGAGCAAGAAAGGGGCACACCUUGGGUUAGGUGGUGCUACCAUUGGUUUGGAUUCGUCAUCAAGACCAGUGAGAGAUUUGACUGGCGGUGGAGCAUUUGGGAUUCCAGGUUAUGCUGGUAUUGGAGCUUCUGGCUUAGGUUGGGAGAUUCAAGAUGAUUUUGAGGAGUGCACUGAUCCACCAGCUACAUUGGAAAAUAUAAGUACAAGGGCUUUCUCAAGUCACCCCUCCAGGCCUUUCUUCUUGGUUGGUUCUAGCAAUACACACAUUUACUUAUGGGAGUUUGGUAAGGAUAAAGCUACUGCUACUUAUGGUGUGCUUCCUGCUGCAAAUGUUCCUCCCCCAUAUGCUCUCGCAUCAAUAUCUGCUUUGCAAUUUGAUCACUUUGGGCACAGAUUUGCUAGUGCUGCACUGGAUGGAACUAUAUGCACAUGGCAGCUCGAGGUGGGAGGGAGGAGCAAUGUCCGUCCGACAGAAUCAUCACUCUGCUUUAACAAUCAUGCAACGGAUGUCACUUACAUUACCUCAAGUGGAUCUGUUAUUGCUGCAGCUGGACAUAGCUCUAGUGGUGUUAAUGUGGUUAUCUGGGACACUUUGGCUCCACCUUCAAGCUCCAGAGCUUCCAUCAUUUGUCAUGAAGGUGGUGCACGCUCCAUUUCUGUGUUUGAUAAUAACAUUGGAAGUGGAUCUGUUUCUCCCCUCAUUUUGACUGGUGGUAAAGCUGGUGAUGUUGGAAUUCAUGACUUCCGGUACAUAGUAACCGGAAGAGCUAAAAGGCACAGGCAUUUGGAUUCUGGUGAACCAAACAUAAACUCAUCUGUAAAUAAUGAUACACGAACAGGCUUUGGGAAUGAUCCUAGAGACAACAAUGGGAUGCUUUGGUAUAUACCAAAGGCUCACUCAGGGAGUGUCACAAGAAUAUCUACCAUCCCAAAUACCAGUUUGUUCUUAACUGGAAGCAAAGAUGGAGAUGUUAAACUUUGGGAUGCCAAAGCAGCCAAGUUAGUUUAUCAUUGGUCAAAAUUGCAUGAAAGGCACACCUUUUUGCAGCCUAGCUCUCGGGGUUUUGGUGGAGUCGUUCGGGCUGCUGUCACAGAUAUACAAGUUGUUUCACAUGGAUUUCUUACAUGUGGCGGAGAUGGUUCUGUGAAGCUGGUACAACUCAAAGAUACUAACAACUUCAGAUAAGUUGAACAAGUUCUAUUUAGAUCUCACAGGCGAUCUUACAGAUCUGUGAAAUGGGGCUAACUUGGAAUUUUGAGAAGUUGGUUGAUAGUGCAACUCUGUCCAUUUUUGUAUGUGUCACCCUACCAUGUAUAUAUUUAUCGUGAGUGCCCUAUACAGAUGACCUCCUUGCCAUUCGUUUUCAAAAAAAAAUUGAUAGGAGCCUAGAAAACAGAGUAUUUUUUUGGUGCAUUUACUUGAGGAAGGGGAAAGAAGGCAGAAUCCUGUGCCCUGCCUCUGAGCUACAGGCUGUUGUCUUAAACAAUAUUGGUAAUACAAAAUUCCCCCUUCCCCACAUUUGUUUUCUGGUGCCAUAUAGAUGGCAGCAACUCAAUGCUAAGCUUCGUCGUCUUGAGUAAAGGGAAAAUGGUGUGUUGGGUGCGAAGUCUUCAGUCUUCAUACAGUAUUCAAACAUUGUCUCGUUCUGCCAAUGCUGAGCACUAAUUCUGGUUUUUGAAGUACUUCUGCGAGUCAUGAGAAGGCAUUAGAGAAAGUUCCAAUCCAAGUUUUGUAUGAUGUUUUCUAAGAACUGAAUUUGUUUUGCGGUCUAAAGUAAUUGUUUUUGUAAAUAGUUGAGUAUGUGUAUAUGUAAUUACUGGAAUAGCAAUGUCAUAUACCAAUUCGGUAUUGGCCACCCGAAGUUGAAAUAACUAACUUAGACUCUAUUUCUAGGGAGUCCUGUUGGUCUCCACUGUUUCUACUUCAA